CCCCACUCAGGGCAGCAAACCAGCAGGACUGGAUUCCAAGUGGAAACUUCAGAGCAGAGAUUUCUCAAAGUAAAGCUAUUGUUCUUAACAUCUUCAAAAACUUCAGCAAAUUAUUUGCCCACAGAUCCCACUGGAUCCAGCUCCCCAGGGAGGACAGAACAUUACUCAGAGCUUGCCAAUCUGGCAACUCCAGGGUCACUGGAAAGAGGGAAGGAAGAUAGACGCCUCUGUGCCUGAGUCACCUUUUUUUGCCCAGCCGUCACCUUUCAUGAUAAAAGCCCUGCAGCCACGAACGCCUGGGUCACACACCUUCACAAUGUGGUCUUACUUUGGCAUACAUGCUCUUCUUACAGUGGCUAUUACCCUGAGUCCAGUGACUGCUGCAUCGUGGAGUGAAAGAGAUGCCACCGGAGAGGACAUCUAUCCCCCUCUGUGGAACCUCGCCCCUGAAAACCUGUCGGAUUUCUUAGUAAAAGACAACAAAAUAGUCAUCAAUGCUUGGAACUACCAAGAACGACUGGGAUUGUACAAGAGCUUGCUAAACUCUUCAGCCAAAUAUUUUACUGCCUUUGGAUACCAGAAUUUUGGCAAUAUUCUCUGGGGAUUACCAUUGCAGCAUGGGUGGCAAUUUCGUACAGGCAGAUUAGCAGACCCUUCUAAUAUGACUUCCUGUGGCUAUGAAGAUGGAGACCUCCUGUGUAUAUCUGUAAGAAGCUGGUGGUCCUGUAUGAAUUACUACCUGUCUGUCAUACCCUUUCUGGGGGCAGUGGAAGCUGGACUUUUUGGGCAGCUGCAGUAUGAGAUUGAAAUAUUGCCUCCAGCAGAGCGAAGAUUUGAUUUCUGUUACAGUGUUGCUGACUGCCAGUCUCACAUUCCCAAUCUUAUGAAUGCCUGGAAGGCCUAUUUUGAAUAUCUGUUAUCUACAGAACACAAAGCCAAGAGCCCUGCAACCUUCUCCUCCUUCAAACUGGAUGAUGCCCUUGGUCUCAUGUGGAGGGCACAUGUUGCCUCCAUUGCUUAUGCACUGCCCAAGUUCCACGACAGCUUAAAAUACCUCUCUGAUCCAGAAGCAAAUUUCGGUGAGGACUGGGCUAAUGCGGUAGAUUUCAUUGCAGCCACAUACUUCUCUACAGAUUUAUUGACCACAAACAGCUUCCAGGUUUUCCUGCCCCAGAGGAUGCUUGUUGUAGGAGAUGUCAUUCCAUUCAUUAGUGACUUCAGUCCACAGCAAAAUAGAGUCCUGCUUUCACUGAGUGCUCUUCACAAAACAAAUAAAAUAACAGGAGGAUUGCUGCUGAGUCUCUGGCGAAAGGCUAUGUCUACUGAAGAAGGAAGGAAAAUGGGCCAAAAGCUGAUAGCAGACAUGGCUGCAGGCCAGAAGUUUGACCUCCUGGGAACGUAUAAAGAUUUGAAAAGAGCUGAUUUGACAGCACCCAAUUUCUUGAGAAAAAGCAGUUCCAAGGUUGAGUGAUUAAAUCUUUUAGCAGAUAUGUACCUGAUAAUCCAGACUCGGUAACUUCUUACAGCAGGAUUUCCUGAGUAGCCCUGUGUGCAUCUCUCAUGUUGAAUCAAUAUCUUUAUCCUUAAUUUUCCUAAUUAUCUCAUUUGAUUAACGCAAUUCUUUAUAAAUAAAAGGCCUCAUGAAAAAUCUUACUUUAUUGCUUUUCUCAACUUUAUAAAUAAUAUAUCAUCAUUGGAUACAAAAGUAAAUAAAGGCAAAUUAUAUUCUG